GUGAGCCCCCGCUUCCUCCGUGCCUGGCAUCCCGCGUUCAUCUCAGCCAGGAUGCCAACGAGGCGCUGGGCCCCAGGCACCCAAUGCAUCACCAAGUGUGAGCACACGCGCCCCAAGCCGGGAGAGCUGGCCUUCCACAAGGGUGACGUGGUCACGAUCCUGGAGGCCUGCGAGAGCAAGAGCUGGUACCGCGCCAAGCACCACGCCAGCGGGCAGGAGGGCCUGCUGGCGGCCGGGGCGCUGCGGGAGCGAGAGGCCCUGUCGGCCGACCCCAAGCUCAGCCUCAUGCCGUGGUUCCACGGGAAGAUCUCGGGCCACGAGGCCGUGCAGCAGCUGCAGCCGCCCGAAGACGGGCUGUUCCUGGUGCGCGAGUCGGCGCGGCACCCCGGCGACUACGUGCUGUGCGUCAGCUUCGGCCGCGACGUCAUCCACUACCGCGUGCUGCACCGCGACGGUCACCUGACCAUCGACGAGGCCGUGUGCUUCUGCAACCUCAUGGACAUGGUGGAGCACUACAGCAAGGACAAGGGGGCCAUCUGCACGAAGCUAGUGAAACCCAAGAGGAAGCAGGGCACCAAGUCAGCAGAGGAGGAGCUGGCCAAAGCUGGCUGGUUACUGAACCUGCAGCAUUUGACGCUGGGCGCACAGAUUGGAGAGGGUGAGUUUGGAGCGGUCCUGCAGGGUGAGUACCUGGGCCAGAAGGUGGCCGUGAAGAAUAUCAAGUGUGAUGUGACCGCCCAGGCCUUCCUGGACGAGACGGCAGUGAUGACGAAGAUGCAGCAUAAGAACCUGGUGCGUCUGCUGGGCGUUAUCCUGCACCAGGGGCUCUACAUCGUCAUGGAGCACGUGAGCAAGGGCAACCUGGUGAACUUUCUGCGCACACGGGGCCGGGCCCUCGUGAGCACCCCCCAGCUCCUCCAGUUUUCCUUGCACGUGGCCGAGGGCAUGGAAUACCUGGAGAGCAAGAAGCUGGUGCACCGAGACCUUGCCGCCCGCAACAUCCUCAUUUCCGAGGACCUGGUGGCCAAGGUCAGCGACUUUGGCCUGGCCAAAGCCGAGCGGAAGGGGCUGGACGCAAGCCGGCUGCCCGUCAAGUGGACGGCGCCCGAGGCUCUCAAACACGGGAAGUUCUCCAGCAAGUCGGAUGUGUGGAGUUUUGGGGUGCUUCUGUGGGAGGUGUUCUCAUACGGCCGGGCUCCAUACCCCAAGAUGUCGCUGAAGGAGGUGUCUGAGGCCGUGGAGAAGGGGUACCGCAUGGAGCCCCCUGAGGGCUGCCCGGGCCCCAUCCAUGCCAUCAUGGGCAGCUGCUGGGAGGCUGAGCCUGCCCGCCGGCCGCCCUUCCGGAAACUGGCAGAGAAGCUGGCCCGGGAACUGCGCAGCGUAGGCGCCUCGGCCCCGGUCGGGGGCCAGGACGCGGACAGUUGUCCCUUGCCCCGAAGCCAGGAGCCCUGACCCUGCCCAUUGGGGCCUCAGGCCCCAGAGGAGAAUGAAGGGCACGGGGUGGGGGUACGGCCAGGCCUGAAGAGGGUCAGGACCAGUGAGCGGCCCGUCUGGCUCGCAGCAGGGGCAGGUGCCUGCAGGGGACUCUAGGCAGCCCGUGGGCACCGCGGACCGGGGAGGCGAGGGGUCAGCCCUCCAUAAAGACUGCUUUCCAAGGACGGCCGGUGUCUGAGUCUCUCUGCGGCCCUUGGCGUCCUGCACCCCAUGGGACCCCCCGCCACCAUCGCUCAGCCCGCGGCCAUCCGGCUGCCCGGUGUCUACCCA